AUUUUUGGUAGAGGAUGUCUUUAGGACAAUUUUAAAGUUUUGGAUAUGCACGUGUAUUUGAAUAUAUUGCUACUUCCGGAUCAGGUUCAAAAAUAUUUUAAUUAAAUAGAAUGAAAUUUUUUACAACAAAAAAUUUAUUCUAAAGAUUAUUUUGUUAGAGACCAUACUAUGAGAUAGCAAUACGAAACUGUGACGAAAUAUAAGUGAAUUUUGUGUUAUAAUUAUGGGGCAUAAAAAUUCAAUGCAAAGUGUUUUGAAGCUGAUGAAAAUGAGAUGAAUGAAAAUCAGAAAUCAUCGAUAUCCAUCGGAAGAAGCGUACAAGAAACUGAACAAUGACGAUCGCGGAGAAUACAGAGUCGAAGAGGACGGAUUCGAGGAACGUUUCUAAUAUCAAUAACGAGGUCCUCGAACGAAGUUCUCUGAACGAGGAUUUGCAACGACCGGAGGAGGCCUCGAAUUCGAGCACCGAAGGCAACCCUCUUUUAGAAACCGACGGUAAGAAUUCGUCGGUGAAAAUCGACGUGUCGAUCGUGAAAUCGAACAGGACGGACAAGGACGAGGAUGAUCGAGCGUCGAUGAACGCCUCGAGGAAGGAUGCUGAUGACCGUAACGCGAUCGUUCCACCGGAUGGUGGUCUGCGAGCGUGGAUGGUCAUGAUAGGCAGUUUCAUCAUCAACGGUGUUCUGUUCAGCGUCAUAAACACGUACUCGUCGAUCUACCUCGAGUUACAGAGGAGAUUGUUAGAGUCUGGAGAAACAGGGGCAUCUUCGAAGGCAGCUUUGGUAGGGUCGUUAACCAUUGGUACCACGUUCUUUUUAUCGCCAAUUUCUGGCAUUCUCACCGAUAAAAUUGGGAUUCAGAUGACCACAUUUUUGGGCGGUGCUAUUGCGUCCAGCGGUAUGCUUCUAUCCUCAAUAUUUUCUAGCAAGGUGACAUUGCUAUAUUUGACUUAUGGAGUGAUGUACGGACUUGGUGCUAGUCUUGCCUAUACACCGAGUCUAGCGAUCUUGGGCCAUUAUUUUAAGAGGUACUUGGGUGUGGUCAAUGGUAUCGUCACGGCUGGAAGCUCUGUAUUUACCACCCUUAUGCCAUACUUAAUCGAAGUCAUACUUCUCCUAUUCGGUUUGGAAGGGACGUUAAGAUUUUUAGCUAUGCUCACUGCGAUUGUCAUGGCUUGCGCUAUUCUCUUCAAACCGAUUCCACUUACCUCGGUGCCGCGGGAUCAACUAAAAUCUAAAUCGGGCUUCAAAAACUGUCUGAAGCAAGUUGUAAACGUGUCGAUUUGGAAGAGAAAACGAUACGUGGUAUGGGCUAGUUCGAUCCCUCUCGCUUUGUUCGGAUAUUUCGUCCCGUAUGUUCACAUCGGGAAAUUUGUCGAGACGGUGUUUAAGGGCUCGGAUAAAAAGCUGCCGAUUAUGUGCAUCGGUAUUACUUCCGGUAUAGGUCGACUUGUCUUCGGAUAUAUCGCUGACUUGCCGAAGGUGAACAGAAUAUUGUUGCAACAGAUAUCGUUCCUUAGUAUCGGUGUUCUUACAAUGCUUCUCCCCGUUACGAAAUCGUACAUGCUGUUACUAAUUAUCUCUUUGGCCAUGGGAUUAUUCGAUGGCUGCUUCAUAUCCCUUUUGGGUCCUAUUGCAUUUGAUAUAUGCGGUCGAGAAGAAGCGACACAAGCCAUUGGAUUCCUAUUAGGCAUGUGUUCUAUACCUUUGACUGUGGGACCGCCCAUUGCUGGUCUUCUGUAUGAUCAUACCGGUAGCUAUGACAUACCCUUUUUCUUAGCGGGUAUUCCACCAAUAGUAGGGGCACUCACGAUGUUCCUGAUAAAAUUCGUGAAAGACGAAGAGCAGACCGCCAUUAACGGAAACACAGGGGAUAAAACCGCUUGUCAAAAUGGCAGCUCGGGCAUCCACUUUCUAUCCCCGUAUCUCGUGACAACUCUCAAACACGAGCAGUCAAACUGGAAGAUGACGCGUUCAGGCGUCCACAGCCAUCGUUCGUCGGAGUGUUACGGAUUUCACGAGGACACAGUGUGCCAGGAUCACGAGAUCGGAUAUCUCGGUCGUUACGAACGCUCAGAGAGCAUGCCAUUGCUCCACCGUGAGAAUCGACCAGCUUCCGGUCGCUUCCAAAGGAUGCUGCAAUCGUCGAUUCUUAUAACGUGCUAGCUUGCAGAUAAACGUCGCUGUUUCGAGAUUCUUCGCCUCGAUUUCAUCGUGAUAUUCUCGCAUUACGAUUCUUUUAUCAUUAUCCUUCGAUAAAUUGAUUUUCAUAGUUCUUUUAAUAAUUAUUCGACGGUUAACGAUUCGUGGUUUUAAUAUUGCGAUGAAAAAAUAAAUUGCGAGAUUUCAUGUGCAUAAUUUGCUUCAAAUAAUCUUAAAUUCUCUAAAUUUGCACUCUAUAAUGCAGACAAUACAGAAAAUAAAAUGGUUGAGUGUAUUCGCGAAGCAGCGACGACCGAUAGAUCCGAAAAUCAUUGUGAAUAAUAAUCUUCGACGCUUUGUUCACGUAUAAAUGUCAUAUCAUCGAUGUUUCUCGGUGGAUACGAGCAACGAAUGUUUCUAGUUUUUGUAGCGAUUGAAGAAUCGUAGGAGUUAGAAUUUUUAGCAUAUUCACAUCGAAUAGGACAGAAAAUUCAACUAGAGACGAGGUUUAUUUUUUUUUUUUUUUAACUCGUUCUCAGUGGAGUUUGUAAUCUCUGCUCAACAAGCAAUACCGAUCAAGUCAAUAUUUUUGACGACAGAGUAAGAAGAAAUAAGAAUCGCGUUUUUGAAUCGAAUCGAACGAAAUAAGAUUGUUGCCUCGGUAUUUUUAGAUCAACGUACUCUACCACGUAUUCGAAAUCAGAUCGCGUUUGCUGCGUAAAUUUAUUGGAUUCUGUUUCUUUUUUUAUUUCUAUGUUACGUAGCUUAUGCAAACAGACCUACACAAAAGACACAGAGACAGAAGUUUAAGCUGGUCUAUCGAUAGAAAUGUUUUUAGGAUCGAUUGAUCUAGAAAGAAUCAAAACGUUCGACGUUUACUUUUACCUGCCAAUUACGAUAUUCUGACACCUCAAGUUAAUGGUCACAAUGGCAAUUUUUGUUUAUUUUAAAAUUUGACUUUAUUAACGAUCGAUAAAACCACGAUGUGUCAUGAUGUUUUUUCGCAUGAUACUAUCUUUGCUUCAUCUGCAGUUCUUAAUAUUUUCCUUCUUCGUCGUAAGACGAAUAGAUUUCCUUGAAAAGAAAUUUCGUUUUAUUUGUCGUUAAUAAGUGUCAUGUUGUUAUGCAAAGUAUAGAAAUAUCAUUGUUACACGAAAAGACGACAGUUUUAAUAGCCUCUAAGUAAAGCUGUUUUCAAAUGUUACCACGAUUACGAUUUUAUAUCAAUUGAAAAUUUAGCCAUUUCUUUGUAUCGUAUCCGAGAAAUGAUUUUAAUACUGUGCGUAGUAAAUUUUUCCUUAUGAAACAUGUUAAUGACUUAGUCAAUUAAUGAAUCGGUCAAUGUUAGAGAAUCUUACAUGUUUUGUAAUCUAAUAGUUAUUCUUGGCGUAUACUUGAAAAAUAGGCUCAUUCUCCCUCUGUUCAACAAUUACAACUAAAUGUAAUCUGUAAGGUUCCAUUUAGUUUGUAGAUUUCCUUUUGAUACGUAGUAGUUCGCCGGCCGUAACAUAAUUGACGAUACAGAAUACUCUAUUUUCCUAGUGUUGACAGAGCAAGAAUGUUAUUUUUCUCGAAAUGUUGUACAUAAAAUAGUUAGAGUAUUGUGAAAUUACGCAAGAGUAAAUGACAGAAAUAAAGAAAUAAGAAUGUUAUAAAGAUACUAGCUUGGAAUAACCGAACCUCUGUGAAAUAUUUAACUUGUUAAGCGGAUUAUUGCUUAAUUUCCAACAAUUGUUUUACUUAAUUGUAAUUGUUUUUAACGAUAGGAAAAUUCCAUAAUCGUUAAGAUCAAUAACCGUUAGAGAAUCGUAAAUUUCAAUGUGACGUAAUUUAUUUUUAAUUGAAACACAGAUUGAUAGGCAAAAAAGUGGCAGAUGUCUAAAUAAAAAAAUUAUCAAGAGAUUAAUAUUUAAAGAAAUGGACAAUCUGAAGCGUUAACUCGUCUUUCACGAUUAAUUUGCUAUAUCGUAUACGUUCGUUUACAAUUCUUUUUCUUCUCUUACCAUGAAGAGAUUUCGUUUUCACGAAGAAUGUUGUUUCUUCAAAUAUACAGCAAAAUGUUAUAGCGUGUAGGAAGAGAAUAGUGUACAGUACGUCGAUUCUGCUACAUUUUAUAUAUACUCCUUGCUAGGAGGAUAUACGAUGUGCUAUUUCCGUCUUUUCAGAAAACUGUCAGAUCAUUGUAUUCUUUCGCGUAAGAAUAAAUGUAACUGCCGCAUGCCGGUCUGUUUUCCUGGAAA